ACGGACCGUGGCAGAUAAUCACAGGCCACCGUGGAAGGAGACGCUUCUUUCCUUUGCUUCUCUUCUCUCUUUCACACGGGGAUGCUUUUUCCUCCACUCGAGGUAGACGCGUCUUUGCCAAGCUUCCACGAGUAAAUCCCGAGGGCAGGAAGAUGACAGGAGUUUUUGAGAGCCUGAGCCCUGAUAUGCACUCCAACCAGAUGACCUCCAGCAGCUACCACAGCUUGCACAAGUCGCAGGAGUCCCCGACCUUGCCGGUGUCCACGGCCACGGACAGCAGCUACUACCACAGCCCGCAGCCCGGACACUCAUGCGCCGGAUCCCCCUUCGGACCGCUGGGGUCCUUCCAGUACCACAGCAGCGGAACUGGCGCGGUGCAGUACAACCCCAAAUCUUACGACAUGGCGGGCUUCAACGCAUCCUAUGGGGGAUACAGCUCUUACGGACCCAACUCCUCGCCCACUCCUCCCGAGACAGAGAAAGAAGAGAGUGAGCCGGAAAUCCGGAUGGUAAAUGGAAAACCAAAGAAGGUCAGAAAACCUCGAACCAUUUAUUCCAGCUUCCAACUGGCCGCGCUCCAGAGGAGGUUCCAAAAGACCCAGUACUUGGCUCUGCCUGAGCGGGCCGAGCUGGCAGCCUCUCUGGGCCUCACGCAGACACAGGUCAAAAUCUGGUUUCAAAACCGGCGCUCCAAGUUCAAGAAGCUGUGGAAAAACGGAGAAAUUCCUCCGGAGCAGCACGUGCCCACCAGCGAGUCCCCGCCGUGCACGUCCCCGCCGAGCUCCUGGGACUUCCCACAGACUCAAGGCCUAAACUCCACGCUAGCGCCAAGCAGCAACAGUCCACCCAUCAGCAGCGCGCCAUCCUCCUCCUCCUCCUCUUCUUCGUCUUCGUUUUUGGCCAACUACUCCUGGUACUCCAACACGAACUCUGGCAGCCACCUGCAGCCCCCCCUGCUCCACCACAACCCCGUCAUCAGCGCUGGGACGAUAUUCUGAAACGAAAACAGGACUCUGGUGAGGAAAGUCAUCGUUUUUAAAGGCUGAUUUGUGAGUGCGAGUGUGUGUGUGUGCCCUACUUUUACGCGCGGAAGCAUCUUGUUGGAGCCAAACAUGGACCUUUGCCAGCUUUUGGCAACAAAGAGCCACAUUUUUAACACUUAUUUUUCUAUUUAUUUAUUUUCUUUACGUCCAGGGAUAAAUGAAUGAAUGAACCACUAUUACUAUGAUUAGGAUUCUGAUUAUUACUCAGCCGGACUUCACUUUUUUCUUCCUCCUGCAAAAAUCCAAACCUCGCGUCAGUGAUGUAGCACAAGUCAACUGUAUGGUGCCUUUUUCUACAUGACCUCAUGAUUCUGUUGUGUGAUUAAACAUUAAAACAGAUGUUACCUUCAUCGCCACGAGGGCGGGUAAGUGUCUGCACGUCUGUAAAUAUUAUUAUUUGCUUUGAUCCGUUUUUUGACGAUUAUUUUUUUUAAAAAGGUGCAAAAAAUAAGUCAUUCACCACCGCAAGCUACUGAUUGUUCUGCAUCUGAUUGACUUGUAUCACCCUGAAUUGAUGAAUUGUGUUUUUGUCCUAUUUAUUUUUUAGCAGUGCUUCAUACAGUAUAUGGUUAUUUAAAUAAAAA